CACAUUCACCUACCGCUAAUCGCUCACGUAAUGGCCAUUGCGCGUCCCCGUUACCGAUUUGGAGAAGUCGGUGCCAUCUCCACUCACACAAGCAAGUAGAAGCCGCUUUGUUUCCCAAAGCAAAAAGAGAAAACGGACAAAAUGAUUUGGUAAAUGAGUGCUCAGCCAUAAAUCACAACCAGACCAGCGAGUCACGCCUGAUUGGACACCUUUCCUCUCGCCACGUCGCUGUCUGUUGCCGUCGUGGGACCCGGGGUCACCAUGGAGACGGUGGUGAUCGUGGCCAUCGGGGUGCUGGCCACCAUCUUCCUGGCGUCCUUCAUCGCCCUGGUGAUGGUGUGCCGACACCGCUACUGCCACCCCCUCAGCAUACUGCAUCACUUUGACUCCAAGUCAGUGUUCCAACGCAUCUGGGGAUGGGAGGGGACGUCAGCACACGGACCCAACGUGGACCUUAUUGGGGCCAUGGAGACCCAGAGCGAGCCCUCAGAACUCGAGCUGGAUGACGUGGUCAUCACCAACCCUCACAUCGAGGCCAUCCUGGAGAAUGAAGACUGGAUCGAGGACGCCUCUGGUUUGGUGUCUCACUGUAUCUCCAUCCUAAAGAUCUGCCACACCCUGACUGAAAAGCUGGUCGCCAUGACAAUGGGCUCAGGAGCAAAGGUCAAGACCCCGGCCAGCCUCAGUGACAUCAUCACCGUUGCCAAACGCAUCAGUCCUAGGGUUGAUGACGUGGUUCGAUCGAUGUACCCCCCCCUGGAUCCCAUCCUGCUGGACGCCAGGGCCACUGCUCUCCUCCUGUCGGUCAGCCACCUGGUUUUGGUGACACGCAAUGCCUGUCACAUGUCUGGCAGUAUGGACUGGAUCGACCAAUCGCUGCAUGCUGCAGAGGAUCACAUGGUGGUGCUUAGGGAAGCGGCCCUGGCUUCUGAACCAGAGAGAAGUCUACCUGGAAUAGACAUGCAGAGAGAGCAGGCCAUUUAGAGUACACACAUACAAACACACAUAUUUGCAUAUAUUUGCAUAUACACUCACAUUCCCACACUGCAUUAGAGGAACAUUAAUACAUAUACAGUCAAAGGUGAAUUCAUACUCCAUAUGUAUUCAUCUACCAUAACUAAGCAAGAUGUUACACUUUUAAGAUAGACGUUGUAUUAAAAGUCGUUGUGAGGUCUCUUCAUGCACUGGCCCCCUCGUACCUCCAGUUUGUGGCCCAUCUCUCCGCGGUGGGCCUUAAUCCCACUCGUUAGGGCUGCACAGUCACAUGGAGGCUUAAAUUCACUCCGUUAAUCCAGGCUUUGGAGAAAAACACCCAAAUGAAGAAGAAGAGGUAGUCAUUUACAUUUAGUCAUUUAGCAGACGCUCUUAUCCAGAGCGACUUACAGUAAGUACAGGGACAUUCCCCCCGAGGCAAGUAGGGUGAAGUGCCUUGCCCAAGGACACAACGUCAUUUUGCACGUCCGGGAAUCGAACCAGCAACCUUCGGAUUACUAGCCCAAUUCUCUAACCGCUCAGCCACCUGACUCCGAGUCAGUUCAAUCACGGUCCCUGUCUCGUGGCACUGGGCAUGUCCAAGCGGUUGAGGUAGCUAUCUGAGAUCAAAUGCGUUGUUUAUGUAUUUACCCUACUGUAGUAAUACAGGGGAGCUGUGUGUAUAUACUAGCUAAGGAUUGUUCGGUUACCAGUACUGAGCGAUCUGAAGCAGAUUUUGCGUGCCUUGCGCUGACUGAUAUUAUUGGAGCAUGUGUACCUGCUAGCCCAUGCAUACCUAAUACUGAAGCUCCUAGGGCCCUAAUUACAGCAUUAACCAGCCCUCACACAUGGUGUAUAGCCAGAGAUGCAAAUGCUGCACAAUACUAGGGGUCUUUCCACCUACAUUAUUAUAGGCUGCUACAAAGCUUUCCAUUCCACUGCCAACACUGCCAGGAACCCACACUAGUAUGACACCAAUAACAUAUUUACAUGUAAGCCAAGGAAGAGCACAAUCAUGUAAAAUGCACAAAUUAGAUUUUAGAGAGAAAACUAUAUUACUGUCAAGCCCUCAACUAAGCGUAGUGACAAAUCAGUGGACUCUGCGUCUGUCCUCCUGAAGAGACAUUUGUGACUUUUUCGCUUCUUCAACGUCAAACUGACAUUUACAGUUUGAAUGACUGUCAGUAGCUGUAGACAUGCAGGGCUCUUUGAUAGAAUUAUAUUGAUCGAUGAGGAAACAUGAAGACAUUGGUUACUCCUUUAUUCUCCUUGUUUACAUUGUUUGUUAGAAUAGAUUUUUUUUUUAUUCAGUCCUGUUUUCACUUCCCAUCCACAGUUCACUACUGACGUCCUUCUAUUCCUCCUCUCUAUCUCUUUCAUUCAUUCCCUUCAUUGAUUUGUACAGAUAAAUUAAAGUUUCAUAGGAAAAUGUGCGGGCUGUCUGUUCUUCAACAACAACAAAAACUCUAAAGGCUACUCAGUAAGAAAGCCACCCACACGUUCAUGUUUUAGGAAUACAAAAAAGAACACAGUUAAUCUAGGAUUGGGAUUAUAGUUAGCCCUUCUGUUUGAAGGUAUAGGCAGUCCUGUCUCUCUGAAACUGAGAGCAUUUGGCUGAGAA